CUCGGCCGGAGGUGGCGCCUCUCCCGCGGCGACUAGAGGCUGGAGGUGGCGUCGGAAGCUGGAGCCGGAGGCUCGGCUCGGAUGUCACUGCGCGGUCGCGGGCGCCCUGCAGCGCGUCUGGAGCUGGAGCCACAGGCCCACCAGUCCCCAACAGCAUAGCCAUGGAAGCCCUGGGUACUGGGAGCGACCGCGCCUCCCCCGCGUCAGCCCCUGGAAGCCUGGACUUGCGACGGCUGUCCACGCGCGCCGACUCAGCCUACAGCUCCUUCUCCGCCGCGUCUGCCGGUCCCGAGACGCGCACGCCAUCCCCGGGGAGCGAUCCCCUCCCGUACCUAGACUGGGACUACGUGCGAGUGGUUUGGGGCGGCCGAUCCCCAACCCCGCAGGACGCUGUCCUCCUAACGACCCAGCGGCCCGGGGCGACAGUCGCUGGGCACGGCGUCCCGAGGCCUCCCGAGAAGGCCCAGGGAAGUCCCGGGGCGCCACUGAGCAGACAAGACACCCCGCUGCUGUACGCCCUGGCCGCCGAGGCCGAGGCUGCCGCCCGCCCCGCCGAGCCGCCCAGCCCGCCCGCCUCCCGGGACGCCUACCGCCAGCGGCUGCAGGGCGCGCAGCGGCGCGUGCUGCGGGAGACGUCCUUCCAGCGGAAGGAGCUGCGCAUGAGCCUGCCCGGCCGCCUGCGCCCCGCGCUCCCCGCGCGGCCGCCCUCGGCGCACGCGCGCUCCGCCUCCGGCAGCCAGGAGGCGCCCGAAGCGGAGCCCGCGCGCACCGCUGCCCCGGCGCCCGGUGCGGUCGGCCGGGGCCGUCUCACCAGCCAGCAGAGGCUGUGCUGCUUCUCGGAGCCGGGCAAACUGCAUCGCGUGGGUUGGGGCGGUGGGCCGACGGCCGAGGGCCUGAGAGGGGCUUGCUCCACGCAGGAGUUGCAGCGUGAGGCACUCUCCAAAUCCAAAGGGCUUCAGGAGACUCAGUCCCUGAGCUCGGUGGAGCUGAGCUCCGGGUCCGUGGAUCUUGGCAAUACCUGUAGGCCUGCGGGUCGGAGUCAGAGCGUUUCCGGAGAGGUCAUGGCUCCCCGCACAGGUUCAGAAAGGACUGUGGCCGCUGUCCAGGCUGUUCCCCAGAAAGCAGAAACCCCCAGACCUUGGCUUAAGACCAAGCUUUUCAGGUUCCUGACUCAGAAGGAGGCUGCGGUGGGGUGUCCUGGAGAGGCCCUCCAGACCAGACCAGCUGGCUGCGGUCAGAGGGUCUCUGAGACCAGGGUGUCCACUCCGUGCCCCUCCCUCCCUGACGAUGACGUGUUCCUGGAAGAAGCCGAGACACCGUCCCCUCAGGAUCGCCACGCCCCCCAGGGGCUCUCAGUCAGGGAUCUUCACACCCCUGACCAGCAGUAUGAAAAUGGUGUAAGCAAAAAAGCCGGCCAGACUACAGGCUCAGCAGAGACGCCCCUCCAUGAGGUUCCAGGGCUCACAGGAGCAGACAACCAUUGGCAAGGGGUGAACGGUUCUGUGGUUAUCUCCAGACCUAUAAGCCGUAGCCCCCCCGAGACUACAAACGAUGACAUCCCGCCAUUUGACGCCGCUGCGCCUCCCAUCACUGACCCCUCCUCAGCUACAGAUAAUAACUGUCCUGAGCCUGUCUCUGUCGAUGUCCUUCAACCUUCAGGCCCUGAGGCUCCAGGAACCCCUCACCACUCUUCCCUGGCCUGGGGCCAACCUGGUUCCAAGCCGACUUGGCCUAGUCGGCAUUUCGAGGAGCUGGUUCAGGAGCUGGCCAGACUGGAUCCCGCCCUGAGUGAAACUCUUGCGGCCCAGCCUGGUCCAGAGCCACCUCAGGGCCUGCUGGAUGGGCUCUUUCCUGCCACAGAGGCCUGGACUGCGAUGAGGCCAGCCUGUGAGGAGGAUGGAGAGAAGGACGCUGGUGGACCGGAGGUGGGGGCCUGCGGAUGCCGCCGCCUCAGCCAGGAACUGCCAACCUCCCAGGAGGCAUCCAGGUCUGAGAACUCUAGCCCCCACCCCGUGCCUGACCGGUCAAGUGGGCAGGGGUUCCCAGAACAAAACAGCACCCAGGCCAAGAAAGUGGAUCUAGCCCGCCUCCUCCACAUGAUGCUCCAGGACCUUCACACGGAGCAGGAGCGACUGCGGGGCACGGCUGCAGACUGGACCGGACGCAGCGAGGAUCUGGAGGCUGCGGUGAGCCAGGCCUGCACACCUCGGGAGCUGGAGCGCUUCCGCCGGUUCAUGACUGAUCUGGAGCGCGUGCUUGGUCUGCUGCUGCUGCUGGGCAGCCGCCUGGCCCGUGUGCACCUCGCCUUGGCCAGGGCCGGCCCAGACAGCGACCCUGACGAGAGGGCCUCGCUGCUGCAGCGACUCCGGCUUCUGCAGCGACAGCAAGAGGACGCUAAGGAGCUGAAGGAGCACGUGGCUCGGAGGGAGCAAGCCCUGCGUCAGGUGCUGGAACGGGAGCUGCCCGCGGAGCAGCUGCGCUCCUAUUGUGUGCUGCUGGCCGCCAAGGCCAGGAUCCUGUCCCAGCAGCGCAGCCUGGACGACCGAGUCCGGUUCCUGAAGGAACAACUGGACACUAUCUGGAACGACCUGAGCCAUCACCCCCCUUUCCCCAGACUGUCCUGGGCCCCAGGAAUUCGUCCUCUGGGCAAACCACCCUUUCCUGCUACCCAUAUUUAGUUACAGGUGCUGGGGCUGAGGAGCAGGGCGCAGCCUCACCCUUGACAACCGGAGCCAUGCUUUCCAGAGAGCUUUCCCUUGAGGGAGGACUCAGACCGCGCCUUCCCAGGAACACAUCCGCCCACAGUGGUCUCCUGUGGCCUUAUUAAAGUUUUUAAUGACUUGGGA